GGCGCCUGAGGCCCUGUUUUUGUACUUCAGGUGGACAAAAUGAGCCAGUUUGUGUUUUAAAAAGAAUAUAUUGUAUGUGAAGACGUAAAAGGUGCCAAAAGGAGGAUUUGGUCUCAGGAUCCUCAGUUGUCUCACAGUGUGGGUUGGUGUAUCAGAGCGAGUUGUGUGGACUGAAGACCUCAGCGGCGGACCAUGAGUGAACUGGAGCAGUUGCGCCAAGAGGCUGAGCAGCUGCGCAAUCAAAUCAGAGAUGCCAGAAAAGCUUGCAGUGACUCCAGCCUGUCUCAGAUCACAGCUGGUCUGGAUUCAGUGGGAAGGAUCCAGAUGAGGACCAGGCGGACUCUCCGAGGCCAUUUAGCCAAAAUCUACGCCAUGCACUGGGCCACUGAUUCCAGGCUAUUAGUCAGUGCCUCACAAGAUGGCAAACUCAUCAUCUGGGACAGCUACACAACAAACAAGGUGCAUGCCAUUCCACUGCGGUCAUCCUGGGUGAUGACCUGUGCCUACGCUCCUUCGGGAAACUACGUUGCCUGUGGAGGCCUGGACAACAUCUGCUCCAUCUAUAGCCUUAAGACCCGAGAGGGAAACGUCAGAGUGACCAGAGAACUGCCAGGCCACACUGGUUAUUUGUCAUGUUGUCGUUUCUUGGACGAUAGCCAGAUAGUCACUAGCUCUGGAGACACCACAUGUGCAUUGUGGGACAUUGAAACAGGUCAGCAGGCCACCACCUUCACAGGCCACAGCGGGGACGUGAUGAGCCUGUCCCUCAGCCCAGACUCCAGGACGUUUGUUUCGGGCGCUUGCGACGCCUCCUCCAAACUGUGGGACAUCAGAGAUGGCAUGUGCAGACAGUCCUUCACCGGCCACGUGUCCGACAUCAACGCCGUCUGUUUUUUCCCGAAUGGCAAUGCGUUCACCACUGGUUCGGACGACGCCACGUGUCGUCUGUUCGACCUGCGAGCCGACCAGGAGCUCAUGAUGUAUUCUCAUGACAACAUCAUAUGUGGCAUCACCUCCGUGGCCUUCUCCAAGAGCGGACGCCUACUGCUGGCCGGAUACGACGACUUCAACUGUAAUGUGUGGGACACACUGAAGGGAGAGCGUGCAGGUGUCCUGGCUGGUCACGACAACAGAGUCAGCUGUUUAGGAGUGACUAAUGAUGGGAUGGCGGUGGCCACUGGCUCUUGGGAUAGCUUCCUCAGGAUAUGGAACUGACCUGAUUGGAUGGGACUUCGGAGAGUGACACCACUCUCACCCAAUCACAGUCACUGUAGCGCACCGCUGCCACAAAGGAACACCCACCCACCUACCCCCACCCUCCUUCCUUUCCCUUUCCAGGUGACCUGUUUUUUUUUUGUUUUUUUGUUUUUUUGU